AUGUCUUCGGUCUGCAAGCCGUUGUCCAUGGUCUCACUAAUCUUCGUCGGAGCUUGUGGUGUCUUCAUCCUACUAGUUGCUCACAUUCGACGAACCUCACAACGGCAUGCAAACAAAAGCCUGCCCUUGCCUCCUGGACCGCCGCAGCUACCCAUUCUUGGAAAUCUGUUCAACAAGCCAGAGAAACCUUUCAGCUGGAUGAUUCAUUACCAAUGGAAGUACAAAUACGGACCAGUCGUGCAUUACAGAGAGGGAAGACAGUCCCACAUCGUCUUGACUACGGUCGAGGCGGCUCAUGACCUCUUGAACAAGCGAGCGAGCAACUAUUCGGGAAGGUCUUUCAGCCCUUACGCAGGAGAGCUCGUCUGUAAAAAAUAUAAUAUGCUCUUUCUACAAUACGAUGCUCAACUCCGGCUGCAUCAACGACUUCAUGUUCAAGGACUGAGCCCUCGCUCGGCGGCGUUGUACUAUCCCAUUAUCGAGCUGGAAUCGCUUCAGCUACUCAAUGAUCUGCUUUCAGAGAUAGGGGAGAAAAGUGGCGAAGAAAAAGAGGGAGCUGCUUUGGAUCCUCAUUGGCAUUUUCGACGCGCGGCAUCAAGCAAUGUGAGCGUGAUAGCUUGGGGCUACCGCCUUAUGAGGGGCAACCUCGAGCAUGAAGCACAGAUUGACUUCUUCGACAUUUGUCCGACCUCAGCAGUCUUGAAGUCCAUACCCCCAUGGUAUGAUACCUUCCCCUGGCUUAGGAAUCUUCCAUACACAAUCUCUCCGUGGAAACGAGCCGCAAAAAGUCUCUUCGAACGAGAGGAGGCACAUCACUUGGCGAACUUUCGCAGCGCCUUGAAGAGACCUGGUUAUAACCUCAGCAAACAAGUUGCCAGCAGCACCGACAGACUGGACACGGGGAUGAGCGAGACCGAGCAGGCGUGGGUUGUGGGGGCGUUGACUCUGGCCAAUGGUGAUACCAGCGUUGCUAUUCUCUGCUGGUUUGUCAUUGCCAUGUUGACAUAUCCACACUUUCUGCUCAAAGCGCAGGCCAUGAUUGACGAAAUCGUUGGGCACGAUCGCUUGCCCGUGUACGAAGACCGAGAGAAACUGCCCUACGUCGACGCCAUGAUUGAGGAAGUGUUGCGGUGGCGACCGAUCCUACCGGCUGGCAUGGACCAUGCAGCCGUCGAGGAAGAUGAGUACAAGGGGUACAAGAUCCCCAAAGGAGCUACGGUGAUUCCUUCUCAGUGGGCGAUCACUCGAGAUAAGGACGUGUAUGGCGCGGACUGCAAUGAUUAUAGGCCUGAGAGGUGGCUUGAAAGUAAAGAUUUGCCAAAGACUGCCUUUGGAUACGGGAGGCGACUUUGCCCGGGUAGACAUGUGGGCAGAGAAGGACUAUGGAUCUUGUUUGCACGGCUCAUCUGGGCGUUCAGGCUCGAGCAACCGACUGAUCCAGUCACUUUGAAGAAGCAGAUGAUUGAUCCGAUGUCUAUGCUGCCAAUGGGUAUUGUCAUUGGGCCUGAUCCUUUCGAGGCAUUGUUCACCCCUCGAGGCCCCUGGGUUGAAGACCUCGUACACAGCAAUCUCGAGAGCACAGAAAAGGAUGUUGGGAAAAUCAUGGAACAAGUGGAGGCCAUCAAAGGGUUGUAG